UCAGCAUAUUCUGAUUUCUGUCUACUACCCCCAGAGCCUGUUCUCAGGCUGCCUGAUUGGCUUAAUGAUGACAAACACAAACCGGAAUCCGAUGACCGAGAGGAUCCUGGAUCUGACCCUGGAGGUCAACUACCUGCUGACUGGAGAGGAUUACAUUGUUGUGAAGAGAUCUGAUGAUCCUACAAUACAGAGAAGCAGUCCCUGUAUGUUAAGAGGAUCCCGCAAGACCCAGAGCUCCAGCACGGUGUGUCCACCUCACUCACUGAUACAUGAGGGAAACAAUGAGCAGAACAUCCUGGAACUGACCAAUCAGAUCAUCCACCUGCUGACUGGAGAGGUGUGGAAGCAUUUAAAAGGGCAAAAGGAAACUUACAAGGAAGUGAUGAUGGAGAGUCACCACCCCCUCAUCUCAUUGGAUGGUUCCAUAAACAGAAAUGAAAUCAGUGAAUUGUAUACUUUAGUUUCUUCUUCGGAUUAUAGAACCAAAGAUAUCGAAAUCACAAGUAAUCAAAGAAUAAACUGCGUUACAGUCGGUACACCAAGCAGUAAAUCUUUAAGUUAUGAAUCCAAGAAAGUAAAUCAUCGAGACAUUAAUACGCCCAUAGAACAUAUACAGACUAAAGAUCCAUCUACUCAUAUUAAGGAGGAAUCAGACUCGUGCGAGGAAGGAAAUCUCCCAGACUCAGACAUUUAUACACCCACAGAAGAUGCAGAGAUAGAAUAUCCAUCUACUCUUAUCAAGGAGGAAGCAGUCUCAUUGGAAGAAACAAAUGUUGCUGAAGCUGCCAUUUAUCCAAUCAAUAGAGCUAUCCAAAUGGACUUUACAUCAAAGUGUGAAUCAGCAUCAAAUCAAAAACAAAUUCUCAUAACCAAUAAUAUUUAUACAGGCACAGACCAUACAGAGGCAGAAUAUCUACCUAACCUUAUUAAGGAAGAAGCUGCAUCACGUGAAGCCAGCAUUAUCUCCAGCACCGAGGUUUAUACACCCACAGGAGAUAAACAUAUAGACUAUACAUCAAAUAAUGAAUCCCCAUCACACAAACAAGGAAAUCUCAGAGAAUCUGGCAUUUAUACACCCAGAGAAUAUACACAGACAGAGUAUCUAUCUACUCAUGUUAAGGAAGAAUCCGCUUCAUAUCAAGAUGUAAAUCUCACCAUCUUAGACCUUCUUACCCCCACUCAUCAUACUGAAACACAAAACAAAGGAAAUAGUAACUGCGUUGAUGGUGCUAAGGUUUCAUCUACCAAUUCAGAGCUUGUAAACCAUAAGAUUGUCAACAAAGGAAAUACAUUGGCCAGUACAGAUUAUAUUGGACAUGAGUGUUUUAAGCAGAAACAACAUUUUAUCACACAUACGAGAGCUCCCAUAGAGAAUAUAAUUUCUUGUUCUGAAUGUGGGAAAUGUUUUGCUAAAAUGGCACAUCUUAGGAUACAUAUGAGGAUUCACACAGGAGAGAAACCAUGUUCAUGUUCCGAAUGUGGGAAAUGUUUUACUGACCCUUCAAAUCUUAAGCAUCAUCAGAAAAUUCACACAGGAGAAAAACCAUUUUCAUGUUCUGAAUGUGGGAAAUGCUUUGCUCAAAUGUCAGAUCUUAGGAGACAUAUGAGGUUUCACACAGGAGAGAAACCAUUUUCAUGUUCAGAAUGUGGGAAAUGUUUCACUCAAAUGACAAAUCUUAAGUCACACCAGAGGAUUCACACAGGAGAGAAAACAAUGUCUUGUUCUGAAUGUGGGAAACGCUUUGCUUACAUGUCAACUCUUAAGAUACAUAUGAGGAUUCACACAGGAGAAAAACCAUUUUCAUGUUCACAAUGUGGGAAAUGUUUCACUGAUCCUUCAACGCUUAAGACACAUCAAAAGAGUCACACAGGAGAGAAACCAUUUUCUUGUUCUGAAUGUGAGAAAUGUUUUGCUCACAAGUCAACUCUUAAGGUACAUCAGAGGAUUCACACAGGAGAGAAACCAUUUUCUUGUUCUGAAUGUGGGAAAUGUUUUACUAACCAUUCGGAUCUAAAGAAACAUCAGAGGAUUCACACAUGAGAGAACCCAUUUUCCUGUUGUGAAUGUGGAAAACGCUUUCCUCAAAUGUCAAAUCUUAAGAAGCAUAUAAAGAUUCAUUCAGGCGAAAAAAAUACUUUUUCUUGUUCUGAA